CUUAUCAGAUAUUGGAAUUUGGCAAAUGGUAGAGUUAAACCUUAAAAAAUGGCGGUAAAAUUGUUUGAAUUUUAUGCACGCUUUUGUGCUAAAUAUGCCCUCGAAGUGAUUGUCUGUUUUAUGACGAUGGUGGUUGGAGCUGUCACACUUAACCUUAGCAGUCCGUAUGAACUUUGUCACUGGGCAUCAAACUGUGCAGAAUCAGUGGAUGAAAGCCAAGUUAGUAGCGAUGUUGUUCUUCUCACCGUAUUACGAUGUGGAACUAUUAUAUAUAUUUAUAUGCAACUCAAGAAAAUUUGGAAAAUUAGAUCUGCUUGCGUCGUUGGUAUUGUGUGUGCCUACACUGUGUUUGCUGUGAUGACAUUCAGCAUUACUCUGGUGCAUUUUUUAAGGAAAGAUUUGGUGAUUGUUGGCAGUGCUUUGCCUGUGUUUCUAUUGCUAAUAGACAUUACACGCAUGGUGGUUUUAACAAAGCAUUGUUUAAGCACAAGUUCUGUGGAUUUACUGCAAGACUACAUUGCUGAAGGAAUGGGUGCUUUAACUCCUGUUCUUACACUUGACACUUUAACUGAACUUCUGGUGUUAAUAAACAUUGGUGGCUUUGUUCAAGUUAGACAACUACAACAACUAAGCUGCUUUGCCUGUCUGUCAGUCAUCAUUAACUAUAUUGUAUUCACAACCUUCGUCCCUGCAUGCUUGUCAGUAUUGUUGACUUUGUUAAACAAAACCAAGACAAAUGAAGAUGAAAUUUACAGUCGUCCGUCGUGGUAUGAUGUCCGGUUUAACAACAGUCUUCAGAACGAAAAAAGUAAACUGGAUCAUAUAUUCACAAGACGAGUGAAAAUUCUUUUGUGUUCUGCAUUGGUUGGAUUACAUUGGUUCAAAAGCUUUUUCACAUUCUCUAAUGAUAGCAUGCAAAGUAGUUUUGAUUCAGUAUUCACGCUAACACCAGAACAAUUGUUUACAGUCACGUUGAUUAUCAUUCUUGGAAGUAAAUACUUACUUGAUGAUGGCUACGAAAUUGUGUCAAGAUUUCGAAGAAGAUCUGAAAGUUUGAUAGUGAGUUCAACCACACCAGUCAGUACAUGUGAUGUGAAAUCUAGUCACAAAACCUCAUAUUCUGCAGUAGAGACAUAUGCCACUUCUUCACUUCGUACCCCAGAGGAGUGCAUGAAUUUAUUAAAAGUUGGUUCUGAUUUAGUUACUGAUGCCGAAAUUAUUGCACUCGUUGAGAAGAAAAAAAUACCUUUGUAUAAACUUGAAACAGUUUUACAGGAUGCUAACCGUGGAGUUGCUAUUAGACGUAAAAUUUUGAAAACUACAGUUAUUGACAAAUCUAGGAUUGAAGCGUUCAACCACAUCCCACAUACUGGAUAUGAUUUUACAACGGCAACAAAAGCUUGUUGUGAAAAUACAGUGGGGUAUGUGGCUGUUCCACUUGGCUUAGUUGGCCCACUGAAACUGGACAAUCAAAAUUACAUGAUACCAAUGGCCACAACUGAAGGAACGCUUUUGGCAAGUACAAACCGAGGUUUAAAGGUAUUGCAUCUGUCUGGUGGGGUCACGGCUUCAAUAUAUGGAGAUGGUAUGACCAGAGCACCAGUGGUGGAAUUCCCAUCUGCAGAACAAGCUUGCAGGAUAUCAAACUGGCUUCAAGAUUCGUAUAACUUUACACUUGUGAGAGAUAAAUUUGAAGCUACGAGCCGUUUUGCAAAGUUAAAGAGGUUGACUCCAGCAGUGUCUGGUCGACUUCUUUUUAUUCGAUUUACAGCAACCACAGGAGAUGCGAUGGGAAUGAACAUGCUUUCGAAAGGUGUUGAGAAUGCAUUGAGAUGGAUGUGCGAGCAGUUUCCAGAUAUGAAGGUUCUUAGUUUGAGUGGAAACUUCUGCACAGACAAAAAGCCUUCUGCGGUGAACUGGAUACAAGGGAGAGGAAAGUCUGUCGUUUGCGAAGCAGUAAUCCCAGCAAAAGUGGUUAAAGAUGUUCUACGGACGAACAUAGCAACAUUAACGCAUCUGAACCGGUGUAAGAAUCAUAUUGGUUCAGCUAUGUCUGGUAGUAUUGGUGGCUUUAAUGCACAUGCUGCAAACAUUGUUACUGCGAUGUUUAUUGCAACAGGGCAAGACCCGGCCCAAAAUGUUGUAAGCAGUAACUGCAUAACAACCCUGGAAGAAAUUUCUUGUCCUCAAAUUGGGGAUACUACAUCCCACACAGCUCUGCACAUUACUUGUACUAUGCCCUCUUUAGAAGUGGCAACAGUAGGGGGUGGGACUGCAUUGGAGCCACAAAAGGCGUGUUUAAACCUUCUUGGCGUGGCAGGAAGCAGCGCUCCAAACACUAAGCCAGGCACUAAUGCAUGCCAACUUGCAAAGCUUAUCUGUGGCACUGUGCUUGCUGGUGAAUUAUCUCUUCUAUCUGCAUUGGCAUCUGGAGAGCUUGUGCAAAGCCAUAUGCGACAUAACAGAUUAUCUAGAUACCCUCAAACCCAAGAAACCGAGCACAGUAUACUUUAAGCCUGAAGGAAUAUAGAAUUAAUAUAAAUCCUAUUUGAUUAAUUUAAAAUAUAUAUUGUAUGUAAAAUUUAUGAAAUACAUCAUUGCCAUAUACAUGUACAAUGUACACUA